UGGUGUGUUGUCAGCUCUGGUUAUUUGGAAUACUCUGUUGCAGCAAUUGCCAUGAUGCAGGGUCAUAAGAAUCAGAAUACAUCUAUAACACAUGAGCCACGAACACAAGUCGAAUUUGGGAACCAGCAAUCGACAAUGGUAAUGGAAACACCUGGCCCACAGGAAGUCGGCCGUGAAUUUGUACGGCAGUACUAUACUAUGCUGAAUGAGGCACCGCUUCACCUUCACAGAUUCUACAGUAACAAUUCUGCAUUUGUGCACGGUGGAGUUGAGAAAGCCGGAAAUGAACAGCCUCCUGUUGUUGGUCAAGAGGCCAUCCACAAAAAGAUUCUCUCCCUUGGCUUCAACGACUGCCAUGCGAAGAUCCGCCAGGUGGACAGCCAGGCUACAGUGGAGGACUCUGUCGUGGUCCAGGUGACGGGAGAACUCAGCAACAACGGGGAGCCCAUGAGGCGCUUCAUGCAGACGUUUGUCCUGGUGCCCCAGACCCCAAAGAAGUUCUAUGUCCACAACGACAUCUUCCGCUAUCAGGACGAGGUGUUCCACGACGACGACGGGGAUCCCGAGGAAACUGACCGAUUUGUCACAGACCCAAGGCAAGAAAUCUUGGAAAAUGGAUCCAUACCGGAUCCAGCCCCAGCCGUGGCGCAAGAAGUGCCCUCCAACUACUACGAUCCGGUGCCUUUGAGCAACGGCACCAGCCACGAGGUGGAGGCCCUGAAGACACCCGAGCCGGCCCCAGCCAUCGUCUCCACCCCACCCCAGGCUCCCAAGGCCGAGGGGGACAGCACCCCGAGCAACGCCGACAGCGGCCUGCCGGAGGAAGUGUCCCCGUCCGAGGAGAAGUUUGAACAGAAAGUGGAGCCCAAGCCCUCCCCUGCGCCAGAGCCACCACAGCCAGAGUUUUCUGACCCCCCUCUGGAACGCAAGCCGGUUACGUGGGCUGCGCUAGCCAGCAAGAACCCCGCGGGUGGAUCUGCCCCACAAGCACAGUCUUUCCCCGCCCCGGCCGCCAGCCACGUGAGCAAGCCGCCCCAAGUGCGCCAGGAGCCUGCCAAGACAGAAGGCAUUCCCACACAGGCCCCCCAGGCACAGAGGCCACAGAGAGCUCCCCGUGAUCGAUAUGCCGACCGUGACAGGAACAGUAUGAGCCGCGGUGACGGUGACGGAGACAACGAAAGUGUAAACGGGCGCAGGUCCAACAGUGCUGGUGGCACCAAAUACUCUGAUCGCCAGCAAUUGUUUGUCGGAAACUUGCCCCUGAACAUCACGGAACGAGAGUUGAAGGAGUUCUUUGAACAAUAUGGCAAAGUUGAAGAGUUGAGGAUAAACACGAAGAGUGGAGGAGGAAAACUCCCGAACUUCGGAUUCGUGGUUUUUGAAAGUCCUGAAACUGUGAAACAGAUUUUGACAAUAAAGGUUAAUGAUGGAAUCAAGUACAACGGCGAGCACCGGUUGAACGUGGAGGAGAAAAAGCCACGGAUCAACGACGGCAUGCGUGGCGGUCGCGGGGGCAUGUCCCGAGGCGGGAACAUGGGUGGCCAGGGAAUGGGCCGCUCGGGCCCCCCGUACGGCGGCAGUGGAGGGCCGGGCGGCCGCGGAGGCUCUGGCGGAGGCGGAGGCAUGAAGAACGGAGGAUUCGGCCGACAGGACAUGCGCGGGUCUCCCAAUCUGGGCCCACGCGGCGGGAUGUCCCAGCAGGGCCGCCGCUGACACUCGGACACACAAGGUGCUCUCCUCCGAUUCUCCCCUCCCCAUCCCCCCACCCGACCCCGUCCCCCUCUCGACAUCUAGCACACAUGGCGCGGACUACGGUUCUCACGGAAGAUACUACUACUACUACUACUACAUGAUGAUACAACUUUGGUGGUCCUGCUUUCAAAAGGAGUGUGUCUUUUCCAACCCCCAUCCCCCACCACCCUCCCAUAGCGUAAAGACGCCCCCCCCCCCAAUCUACCGUACGGUCAUGACUUCGUGAUGUCUAUUGGUGGUAGGAGGUUUGGGGUAGUUGCCGUCGGCAAUGGCUGACGAUGGUCAAGAUGACAUAAUACCUUUCUGCUGCCUGGUUAAGGUCGUUUCAGUUGGCUCUGUGCUGGCCCAUUCAUUUUUUAAUUAUUUUUUUUUUCACUGGGUGUGUUUGUUUGUGUGUACAUGGAGUUAUGGUUGCAGUCUUUCCUCAAUACACAAUUUCGUAUUUGCAGUUUCAUCUUCCGACCCCCCCCAACCUCCCACCAUUUUCUGUAAAUAGAGAUCGUUUCAUAAUAUAAAUAUCCAUUUAAUUUCCCUCCCCCUUUGUGUAGAGUAUGAACGUUGGAUUUGCCAGUUGAAUGGUUAAGUUUUUAAUUUAUUGUGUGUAAAAAAGGAAAAGAAAAACUGCACAUACUAAAAAAAAAAAUGUGUGUUGGCUUACCUGUGCGUUUCGUCACCUGCGUUGUCGAACCGAGAAUUCUUUUCCAUGGUUCGACUACACUUAAGUGAGGAACUCUUUUUUUUUUUUUUUUUUUGCGCCCAUGUUUUCAUUUCAAGGCUGCUCCAAAGUAACCAAUUCUCUACAAAAAAAACUUGCAAACUGUACAUAAAUCACAGGAUGGGAGAUCGGUCUCAAUUGGUUGCUGUUGGUGCGUAACACUAGGGCACAUCUGUACUUAUUGGGUCAGUUUUAUAUUACCAUGGUGUAAAUAUUUGAACAGUAUAUAUAUUGCGGACACUUUUGAGAACGACGCUUUAAUGCAUACAAAGUUUUAGUUUUUAUGGGUUGGUUUAUUUUUUAAUUAAUUUAUUUUUCUCUUCUUCUUUUUUUUUUUCCCGCCCCCCUUUUUUAUUUAUUGGUUUAGAAUAGAGCAUUUGUUGAUAAUUUCUCGCAGCUUUUUUUCCCUCCCCCCUUUCAAUUGCCUAAGGACAUCCUGGCUUCUGACUUAAAUUUAGAUUUAUUUGCGUAGACAUUUUGAAGCCGGUGUAGUCACCUGUAGACGUAUUGUUUAGAUUUGUGCCCGACAUAGACAUGCAGCAGCAGCGGGCAGUCCUGUAUAUAUCGACCUUUCUGUGAAAAGUAACACGUGUAAUGCAGGUGUCGGUUUUCACGGAAUGGUCCAUUAUUCCCCUCGGUUUACUUUUUUUUUUUGUCAGGUUGUGUAAGAGCAUAAUAUAUAUUGACGAGCCUAUGAGACGGACGUUGGACGCGGGGCAACAUUUUUCCCCCCCGAUGUAAGGCUGACCUGACAGUCCGUUGUGCCCCAAACUUAUCUCUCACAACUGCAAUUGUCACGACACUUAAGACAUCCAGGCAAGCAAAGAAAAAAAGAGUUGGAAAGAAAAGACGCACUCCUUUUUCCGCCGCCCCAUUCCCCCCCCCUCCCCCACAUCCCAUCCCAUCCCUCCUCUAUCAUAUCAUAUUACAAAUUUCAUCCUCACACAAUGUUAAACAGUCAUCGUCAUCCAGGUUGUCACACAUUUUUCAUCCUGUGUUUGUCUCCGUUAUUUAAAAUUCAUUGUGUACAUGUGUAUGUAUGACUUUUGUGGAUAUGUUGUGAUAUCUCCAUGGUACGUGAGUGUGUGGAUGGGCAUGCUUGACCAUUGUCCAUCUCAGGUCCCCUGCCAAUUUUGUAAAAUGCAAGCUGAAGGGUUUUUUUGUCUUUUAUUAUUAUUUUUUUUUUUUUUACAAGUUUGAAUUUUGGUUCAAAUAUGGAGGCAACGUUUUGAAAAUAUUAUAAUGCUCAACCACAAUUGUUCCCUUGAAUCUGCAAGUAAAAGUGGUGUAAUUUUCUCAGCAGAUUACAGGCUGAUCUCAAGACAUUUUGGUCCAAAAGUAGUCGGUGCCUGCACUGUGCUGCUGUAUUAUGUGUGUGGCAUCUUGGUGCAAUCGGCCGUUCGUCAAAAUUGUGAAAUCGGAAAGGUCUUUUUUUCUGGCCGUUUGACAAUUAUUGAAUUAAUCAUUUUGGGCUCAACACCUUAUUUAAAAAAAAAAAUUUUUUUUGCCAAUUAAAAACAAUUCUUUAAUGAUUUUAGGGAAAAACAUUGAUUAAAGCAAGGACGCUUCAGUUUUCAAAUACGCCGAAUUUUGGCAGCCGUGUUCUCGCUAAAUUUUUUACCACUGACUCCAGGCGACCAUCACCUACUUCAGUGACAAGUAGCUCGAGCUCGACUUCUAUUCAAGAUAGAUGGGUAUCAUCCCCCUUCCCCCGUUAAGAUUGUGGUAUCCAUUCCUAGUAACUCGCUAUACAUGUAAAAAAAAAACUGUAUACGCGUAAAACUUGACGAGGGCCUGAUCCCGCGGCAUGGUGCCACACACAUAGGUUGUUUGUCUGACCCCCCUCCUCCUCUGUUUGAUCGAGCGAGUAGAGACUGUCUCACAUUGACAUGGCUGCAGGAGAUGGUGGGGGCAAGCUUGCCUUUCUCACAGGCCCAUGUUUUUUUUGUUUUUUGUACAAUCUGAUGAUCAAGCUGUUGUUGGCUAGUGGAAAAAUUCCCCCCUCCCUCACCAAGUUCUGAAACGUUAACAAGUAACUGGUCUCUGUGUUCCUUGCACAGCACCCAAGAAGUGAUGUCUCUCGUUGCAUCAGAGAAGGAAAAAAAAAAAGUCUAUGCAAAUAGUACAAUGAGCAUGUAUUAUAAUAAUUUUUUUUUUCAAGUUCAGAUUUCGUUUGUUGGUCAUUGCUCAUUACUUUGUUGGCAUUUUUUCCUGUUUGGGUUUAAUCCUCCUUUUCCUUUCUUUUUUUUUUUUUCUUUAAAAAAAAAAAAUUUGAAUUAAUCCGGUUUAGGUUAAUUGUUUUUGCAUCCCAAAGAAACUCACAAAAGGACACUCUAGGUGUCUCUAUAGGUCACCAAAUCAUUACAUUCCCUUUUGGAAACUGCAGUCUCAGAUCCAUUUCUUCAAUUGCCUUAAGUAAUAAUGAGUUGAUGCCAUUAAUUGUUCCAUACUUAAAUUCCUUAUUAUACUCUUGCAUUUUGUCUUGUGACUGAUGGAUCUCUUUAUUUAACUAAUGUCCAUGAUGGGAAAAGCCUUUUUAUACUCGACAGAGGGGACAUCGUCGUCAGUUAGCGUUUUUGAGCAGCUCCUGUCAACUGAAUCAUUUUUGAGUAUUCCUGUGUGUUUACCAUACUGGUAUUGUUAUGUGUGUGUGUGUUGUGUAGACUGGUUACUUGUGGGUCUGCCUGCCUGCCGUGCGUGCGUGCCUGCGUGUGUGAAUGGGGAAAACAAAAGAAACUUUCUCUCUAAAUCAAACUGUGGUGUGUGUGAUUCUGUUGUGGUCCUGUCUUUCCAAGUGACACAGAACGGACACGGGCACACGUGUGGUUGGGGGCCUCUCUCUAUUGGUUGUUCCAUUAUUAUAUCUAUAGAUCUGAGUCAAUUUUUAAAUCUUUUUUUUUCUUCUCUUUUGUUGUGUAGCUUUGUAAAACUUUUUUCUGUAUUACCAUACUGAAACUGUUGUGUAGAUUUCCAAAUUGUACCACCACCACCACCACCUUUCCUGCCUAUCUGGCCACGCGCCCGCCCGCCACCCCCUUCUCCUCUUUCUUCCAACACGUUUGAAAAAAUGUUCAGCUAUCUGUUGUCUUUCCUUGUUGAACAGUACUUACAUAUGUCUUCUCCAGAGCUCUUGUACCAAGUGUCAUUUGAUUUUUGUCGUAAAAUUGGUUGGGUUUUUUUCCUCUUUUUCUCUCUUGUUUUCUUAAAAAUUUGUUUUUUGUUUCUUUUUUUUUCUUCUUUAAUUUGAUUUUCCUAAUGGGUAUUGUCAAAUAUUGCAUAAGCUUCUCUUUUUCUCUUUCUAGUGGAAUUGACGACGAGCUGACGUUCUCUCUCUCUCUCUGUCUCUCUCUCUCUUGCUCUAUCUAUCUAGGCCCUGGGGUUGUUGUCGUGUGCUGCCAUUGCUGUGCACGGGGAGGAUGGGACCACACGAGCAUGAUCCAUUUCUCCUCUCCUGUUCAAACCAUCUUUUAUGUAAUGAAUAAAAAGUUGAAUUCAUCUUACUAUGUGUGACCUUCUUUUCAGAAUUUACUUCUAAUUUUUAGAAGCAGACGACGUAGCCACUCUUUCAGUACAUGAUAUCUAUCGCAUGCAGUACCAUUUUGUAGUUUUGGUUUUUAUAAUUAGGAAUUGGGAGGGGGGUGGGGGAGAGAUAUCAAAAGAAGUUGCAAGCUCUGGACUGUGGUUACAUUUUCUAGUUAUAUUCUACUGCCUCUUGAAAGUUUUAACGGUUAUUUAGCUUUUUUUGUGUUGUAAAGUCAUGCAUACACAUUUCUUUUUGAUGCCUGAGAAAAGCAGUGACCCCGUUGUGACCCAGCUUUUUCAUGUUUGAAGGGAGAAAGUCCCCUCAAGGAUUGUAAUAGUUGUAGUGAAUGAUUUGAAGCUAAAGCUGGGGAAAGAAAUUCACAGACACCACUGUGCUGUCAGCAUGAAUGUCAAGUCUUAGCAAAGUAAUUACUGCAGCACAGUCAAAGCUUACUUUAAUUUUGACUGGUGCAGAUUUCACAACAGGCGGUCAUGUCUCAAGUACUUACUUUUCCCUUCCUUACUUUACUUUAGAGUUACUGUUUCAGUACGUACUUCCUUCAGUUUUUACUUCUCUUUGCAAACAUUCAGCUGAUCACACUAUCCCAGUAGGUAAUCUAGCUGAAAGUUUUUGAAUACUCUGUAGGGUAAUGGUCUAUGUUAUUCCUUGCUUGUGGUGAGCUCACAUGUGACUUUAGAGAGAGAUGAGUUUUAUGAGAAAGUGUUUUGUGCCACAUUUUUAUUUUUCUUAAAAUAAAAUCUAAGUCAUAA